AAAUCGAUUAAGUAGAACAGUAACAUAAUAAUUUCGAAAACAACUGAGAAAAACCACGCAGACUGUCCUUCCGACGGCUUUCUUUGGAGAAUGAAAUGCAACCAAACACAACCCUACCCAUAGAUAUGACCCUACCUAUGUGAGAGUGUGGGUGAUGUCACGUGAUAGAGGUUCGCGUAUCACGUCGUGGGGGCGUGUUCGCAUUGCCAAAAGCAAGUCAAGUACUGCUAAUGCGACGGAUGCCCAGUGCGACGAUAGGGAAAGUAUCGAAUGAUUUUUGUAAUAACUUACUAAAUGGACAGUAGUAUCAGUCUCACUGCUACGAGGGAUGAAGAGGACGACUGUGUCUCAGCAGACCAGGGAGCUCAGAGUGCCCUACACACUCCUGUGAUGCUGGCGAGAAGGGAGAGAGAGAAGGAAAACUGGAGGACAGGUCUUUCACACCAACUUAAAAAGCAGUGCAAAUGUAGCUCAGAGCGAGCCAAGGCCAAGCUUCUGGGGUUUGUCCCCAUAAUAAAAUGGCUGCCUCACUACCAGUUUAAAGAGUGGAUCCUGGGUGAUGUCAUGUCUGGAUUGAUAGUGGGCAUCCUGCUGGUGCCUCAGUCAAUUGCCUACUCCCUACUGGCAGGCCAGGACCCUAUCUAUGGUCUCUACACCUCGUUCUUCUCCAGCAUCAUCUACACCCUGCUGGGCACCUCCAGACACAUCUCUGUGGGUAUAUUUGGAGUGCUGUGCCUGCUGGUGGGACAGGUGGUGGACCGGGAGCUGGUGCUGGCGGGAUACCUCACUGAGACUAACAGGAACAACGCAACCAUGGGCCUGGACAACUGGAACGCCUCCGCCACAGAGUCAGUCUGUGAUAGAAGCUGUUAUGCCAUCAUGGUGGGAGCAACCCUCACCUUCACGGCCGGAGUCUAUCAGGUGUUGAUGGGCCUCCUCCAGGUGGGCUUUGUGUCGGUAUACCUGUCAGACUCCCUCCUGAGUGGCUUUGCAACCGGGGCCUCACUCACCAUCCUCACCUCCCAGGUCAAGUACCUCCUUGGACUAAAGCUUCCCCGCAUCCAGGGCUGGGGCUCUCUCAUCAAGACAUGGGUCAGCGUCUUCCAGAACCUGGGCCAAACCAACAUCUGUGACCUGCUCACAAGCCUGGUCUGCCUGGCGGUGCUGGUCCCCACCAAGGAGUUCAGUGAUCGCUUCAAAGCCAAGCUGAAAGCCCCCAUCCCGUUUGAGCUCUUUGUGGUUAUCGCCGCCACCCUGGCCUCCCACUUUGGACACUUCAAAGAGGAGUAUGGCUCUGAUGUAGCUGGAGCCAUCCCCACUGGUUUCCAGUCCCCACAGCUCCCAUCCUGGUCUCUGAUCCCUAACGUAGCCGUAGAUGCCUUCACCAUAGCCAUUGUUGGCUUUGCCAUCACCGUCUCCCUGUCUGAGAUGUUUGCCAAGAAGCACGGCUACACGGUGGAUGCCAACCAGGAGAUGUACGCCAUAGGCUUCUGUAACAUCCUGCCAUCGUUCUUCCGCUGCUUCACUACCAGUGCGGCCCUGACCAAGACUUUGGUGAAGGAAUCUACCGGCUGUCAGACUCAGCUGUCUGGUCUGGUCACGGCCCUGGUGCUUCUCCUGGUGUUGUUGGUCAUUGCCCCCCUCUUCUACUCACUACAAAAGUGUGUGCUGGCAGUUAUCAUCGUGGUCAAUCUCCGCGGAGCGUUACGGAAGUUCACAGACUUCCCUCGGAUGUGGCGCAUUAAUCACGUGGAUGCUGUCAUCUGGCUGGUGACCAUGGCAACAUCAGCGUUCGUCAACACCGAGCUGGGCCUGUUGGUGGGCGUGAUGGUCUCAGCCUUCUGUGUGUUAGGGCGCACCCAAAGAGCCCAAGCCUCAGAGCUGGGGAAGGCAGGAGACCAUGAACUCUACCAGGACCUGGCUUCCUACAAGGGCUUGCAGACCCAACCUGGGGUGGCCAUAUUCCGCUAUGAGGCACCAAUCUAUUAUGCCAACCAGAGCCUGUUCAAGAAGGCCUUAUACCGCUGCCUGGGUCUGGACCCCGUGAAGGAGAAGGCGCAGCGCAGGAAAAAGGAGAAACUGGGGAGGAAGCAAGAAGCUGCAGCGGAUAUGAAAAUUGUGGGGGUUGAGAUCCUGGGUAAAGACACAGAGUUGGCGACCAAAACCAAAGUCUUCCUACCAAACCAAGUCAACUUCCACUCGGUGGUUAUAGACUGCAGCCCAGUGCUGUUCCUGGACACAGCAGGGGUCAAUGCCUUAAAGGAGGUGUGUAAGGAUUACAAGCAGUUGGGUGUCCAAGUGUUCCUGGCCCAGUGUAAUACCUCAGUCUUGGAGUCAUUGGAUAGAGGUGACUACUACGAAGAGAAGAGUAAAGGAGAGAAGGAAAAAGUGUUUUUCACCAUCAGUGACGCCGUCCACUACACACAGAGCCUCUGCCCUCAGAAUGGAGACUGUCAGACAUUCUGUUAACAAGAGCUUUAAUGAUUAUAUAGUUACAGAACUAUAUCUUGCGGAAAAUUGACAUAUCAAUAAAAUAUCUAGCAAAUUAUGUAGAAUGUAAUAUUGCUAUAGUGCCUUAUAGGAACAUUUGUUAAUGCAUCCAAAAGCAUUACAGCAGAGAAUUUGACCUGGAAGUAGUUAAUGUGUAUAAUCUUGUUUACAGUAUAGCUAUACAGUGCAACAGAGAAUUGCUACACAUUGUUAAUUUCAUUGUCAGACUGUGGCUAAUGUCUUGUCAAGCUUAAAGACACAGUUUUCUUUAGCAAUGCUCAGAGCCCUGUUUUGGCCAGGUUUUUGUCACCAUGAUUUAGUAACCAAUUUCUCCCUCCAUGUUUUGUUCUUGUGCAAAUUGUGAUAAUGUUAGUGUUGUUGACAUUUCAAGCCUGUGUUACUGAAGGAAACACAAAGCUGCUGUCAGUAAGACGAAUGGUGAUGGAGUUGGAGGGAGUUGUCUGGUGAAUGCCAAAUGAGAUUGUCAGCCUCGUACUGUAGCUUUUGAAAUUACAACAGAUCAUUUUGAAGCUGCAGCUUAUUAGUGAUGAUACUGUGUUGUCAAACUAAAUGCAAGGUGAAUGGAAAUGUAGAGGUUCCUACAUAUAAUGAAUUUUUCUCGUUGCAGAUUAUCAUUAUUUUAGUUGUUUCUCAUGACCAAACAAAUGCUGACACGUUGUAAUGCUGUUACUGUACAUCAUUGUGAAUGUAUUUUGUUUUUGGAAAUGCUGUUACAAUACCAUUCCUGUUUUUCUGUUAAUACCUGAUAUUAUGGAAUGCUUGAGUGGUGCAAUGACCAAUGAAUACCAGCUCACAAUAAUUCACCUUCUCUUACCUAGGUGACUAUGCAAAACCAAUAUUUACUGAAGCCUUUACGAGGUGUUGUGUAUUCUACCCAUGUCUGUUUGUGUUGCAAAAAAAGUUUUUGUGAGAUACAUUAUAAGACCUGUCAUGCCCUCAUCCAGCAACAGGCAUGUUUUGAAAAUCAUAAGUUACAUCUUUAGUGGUGUUGCAUGGGGUCAGCUGUUUGUUCGUCUGCACUUGUCUGCAAUGGCUAAUAUACUCAUUCACAAUCGCCCAAUUAUAUAUAGAAAUGCAUACAUGGAUUGUCUGUUGAGCCAUGUUUAUAUAUGUAUAGGGGAAUAUGACUGGCUGAAGGAAUGUCUUGCGGCUUGUCCUGUGCAUAUUCUGUUACAUUUCCCAUUUGAGAUGAGCAAAAAUGCACUCCUGACACAGGCUGGCCUAUGCAGCAACAUUUGCACAAUCAAACUGAUCGGUUUGUCAGCUCGUACCCAACCCAUUCCUUUAAAGACGGCUUUAUAUUUGGAGCACUACCCACCUAUUUAUGAUACAGAUAAAUACAAAAAUCAGGUUACUUUUGGAUGUCAACCUGUUUGUCCCCCCACCACCUCUUCAUUCCCAAAGAAGAUAAUGAUCCUAAACCUGCACCCCCCAUGGAUAUUAUUGUAGGGUCUGCGGGUUACUAUUGUGAAGUCUACAUAAUGCCCAUACCCUAUUACUCCAAAGAGAACAAACAGCACUUGUUUCUAGUGUGCAGAUACAUUUACAGUGAACAGACAGACAGGCCUCCUGAGCUGAGUGCACAACAAGAGGAGAUGUUUUCCAGCGGACCUUGUCAAUGUGACCCCAGCAUUGAAUUGGAGUUUAAGUGAAGAGCUGUCAGGUAGCGACAGGUGGAUUACUUGCCAUCAACCAAUUACAGCCUUCCAGACUGCAGCUCAAGGACACUACAAUUUUCCUUCCAGCAAGCUCAGGCCAUGCCAGAAAUGUUCAUCUACUCAAACUUUCAGUUUGUCAGAAUCAGUUGAAAGACAAAGCUUUAUUAAUAUUUUAAUCAAAUAGCCCUGUUGCUUUCAGGGGUUGUGAUGAAUGCUUUCUGCUUCUGUUGUUUCCUAUUGAUGUUAUGCCUGUUUACUUAGGUUUGAGACCUGCACACUGGGGAAAGAAAAGUGAUUAAUCAAAGCACAUUCUAUGCAUAAAUGUUGUUGUUCACGUCUUUUAUGCACUUUAUCACACUUAGUAGUUUUUGGGCGUUAUCAGAAAAUAUUACUUUUUCACGAGUGUGCAGGUCUCUAUAAUACAAAAUAAUUACUUGUUUAACUGACACAUCCGGAGAUUCAACAUUCAACAAAUGAAAUUUAAAUAGCUAUAUACUGUAUAUUUAUUUGACUGAAAUUGUAAUUUAGUGUUUAAUCAUUGCUGAGAAGGUGUGGUUGUUUUUUUUAUGGCAGUUUUAAGCUUAUUUGCAUUUUAUAGAAUAUAGAGCAAAACGUUUUGAUCAGGGAAAUAUCUAGCAUGAUAAGGGAAAUUCUAAAUGUGAACUUUUAAGUGCCUCUUCGAUCGUAUGUUUUAUGAAGUGUCUUUCUAAAUAUACCCAUGUGUGAAAGUAAGCUGCUUUGGAUAAGUGUUUACUAAAUGGCAUGUAUUGUUAUUGUAAUUCCAGAGGUUUCCUAUAUUUCUAUACACUGUGAGUAAAUGUCAUUUCUUAA